UGCAGCCAUGAAAGGCCAGUAUUUUUACAUAUCUGCCUGGCAUAUGGUAUUAGGAUAAUUACGCUGGUAUUUCUUCAGUACGUGGGUUCGUGAAAUCAAAAAUGAGCGCUCAGGCCCCGGGGGCUUCAUCGCCCCAGCUAACCCCUGCUCAGUCCCUGUCUUUCUACGUGUCUGCCGUGUGAGUGACUGUGGCCGUGCGAGUGUUGGCCACCCCCUCCUCAACACACACUCACACACAUAUCUUGCCAUCUGUUGACAUGUGCAGCUGUUCAAAAAUAGCCCCUCUACCAGAAGCUUCCGUAAGUGGCCUGCAGAUCAGCAGAGAGGGCUCCUGUCCCACGUCCAUGCAGGUUGUUUUGACUCUACAAUGACCACGUGUACUCUAAAACCACUGCAAGAUCAUUUCUUUUGUUCAUUUUUUAACCCCUCUGUUCAUCUGGGGUUUUUGUUCUUUGAUCAUUUCCUGAUCCAGAGUGGCUGCUUGAAGUGCUGCAACCAAAGCUGGAAAUGGAGCCCGUUUCUGACCAGUUCAUGCAAUUCCACCCCAUCCAUGGUACCAAUGUUCGACUGGACCACUCGGGAACCCAGGCCACAAGAGUAGAGAGCUUUGCCAACGGAGUUUGUUUUAGCAAAUGCCCCCUGAAGCCUGGAGAGAUUUUUCUAAUAGAGAUUGAAGAUAAGGAGCUGGGAUGGUGUGGCCACCUCCGGAUCGGUCUGACCGCCAGGGACCCCAGGAGCUUAGAGGUGGUACCUGAAUACUCCAUUCCAAACUUGACAGAUUUAGGGGACAGCUGGAUAUUUGCUAUCACGCGCAACCAUAACAAGAUCGUCGAGGAGGCUGAGGUCAUAGAGCCCAGGCAGGGAGAACUGGUCGGGGGACGGAGGCUUGGGCGAGGGGAGGAAGAAGACGAGGCUGGAGAUCAGGCAGAUGAACGAACGGCCAUGAACAGAAAACCAAAGACUUUCUUCACCGACACCCACUUGUACAUCGAGAAUGUUCGAAUUCCCAGAGAUAAGCUGGUUGGUCGGAGCCGGCCCGGGCGCUACAGUCACAUUUUAGACGACUUGUAUAAAACCAACGCCCUGCCUCCCACAGCCAGACGCAGCAGGAUAGGAGUACUGUAUGUGCCUAGAGGAGAAGGCCUGGCUGACAUGCACAUAGUCAUUAAUGGGGAGGACAUGGGAGCUUCUGCAAAGAGAAUCUCUACUGCGGGGCCUCUCUAUGCUGUGGUGGAUGUAUUUGCUGCUACCAAGUGUGUUCGGAUUGUCCAGGUGGAGUAUGGAUUCUCAUCCUUGCAGACACUGUGUAGGAAGGCCAUCCAGAAGCACAUUGUUCACAGGAUGGCCAUUGACUGGCUCGAGCUGCCAGAGGCACUCAAACACUACUGCAAGUAUGAAUGAAGGACACAUGGACACGUGGAUAUCGCUUAAGUGCUAGGUCCCAUCAAGAAUUUGAUAUUUAUUUGGAUGACAUUUAUAAAUUAUAGCGUUACACUCUUUUCACUUGGAGCUGACAUGAAUUGUUUGAGAUGACAAGAUCAAAGUAAAGUAAAUUUAAAUAGUUUGUUAUGUGUCUGUUUGAUUGAUUAGUUUUAAUGUUUGCAUCACAGGGAGCAUCUGUGUGUCACACAUCGCUGUGUCUGUAAUGAAUAAAGUUGUUCCAGCUGCAGUGCAGCUGCUUGCAAGCAGAGGGUUAAAUUCAUGUGAUGAUCUGGUCACACGGAGUCUUUUCCACUUUCAUGUUCAUGUUUCACCCUU